UAUUGCGGGGUGGGGUGGGAUCGCGGCCGGAGGACCAUGAGUGUAUUGCCAGUCGCCACUGGGUCCAAUUUUGUUGCAUGCGUGCCACGUUAGAGAAAUUAAGAUUCUGUUAAUCCACUUUCUUCUGCAUUUGAUUUGAGAUGGUGUUUGUGGUGUAAGCGCUCCCAAGUUUCCUCCAUGGCUUCUGCCCUUGCGAAGCUCUCUUCCUUGCCUUUCACCUUCUCCAUCGUGUCUGCGUCAUCGUCGUCAGCAUCAUCUUCAAAAGAUGUGAAUUCAAACUCGAACACAGUUAAGCUGAGGGAGGAUUGGAGGAAACGGUCCAGACCCAUUCCGCCUGGAGGCAUAUACCCUGCCAAAGAUCACUGCAGUCGAUGUGGUUUGUGCGACACCUAUUACAUUGCCCAUGUGAAGAACGCAUGUGCUUUCUUAGGAGAUGGAAUGUCUAGGAUUGAAAGCUUGGAACCUGUAGUCCAUGGCAGAGGGAGGAAAGUUGACUCUAUCGAUGAAACCUAUUUAGGAGUCCAUGAAGAGUUGUUAUAUGCUCGUAAGAUUACGCCUGUAGAAGGAGCACAAUGGACGGGAAUAGUUACAACCAUUGCUGUGGAAAUGCUGAAAACGAGUAUGGUGGAAGCUGUUAUAUGUGUGCAAAGUGAUCCAGGGGAUAGACUUGCUCCAAGGCCUAUUUUGGCCAGAACACCAGAUGAAGUCAUGGCAGCAAAAGGUGUAAAGCCGACAUUGUCUCCUAAUCUUAACACCCUUGCCCUAGUUGAGGCAGCCAAUGUAAAGCGUCUUCUUUUUUGUGGAGUUGGUUGCCAAGUGCAAGCAUUAAGAUCUAUAGAGAAAUACUUGAACUUGGAAAAGCUCUAUGUACUUGGCACUAAUUGUGUGGAUAAUGGAACGCGAGAAGGGUUAGAUAAGUUUCUAAAGGCUGCAAGCAAUGACCCAGAAACUGUUUUGCAUUAUGAGUUUAUGCAAGAUUACAAGGUUCACUUGAAGCAUUUGGAUGGCCAUAUUGAAGAGGUCCCUUAUUUUUGCCUACCAGCAAAUGAAUUAGUUGAUGUUAUUGCACCAUCUUGCUACAGCUGUUUUGACUAUACAAAUGCAUUGGCGGAUUUGGUUGUGGGAUACAUGGGAGUGCCCAAAUAUGGAGUAAGCAUGACAAAACAUCCACAAUAUGUUACUGUCAGAAAUGAACGUGGAAGAGAAAUGCUUAAUCUGGUAAAGAAUCUUUUGGAGAUUUCCCCAACAAUCAGCAGUGGUGAUAGGCGUCCAUUUGUAAUGGAAACCGUUAAAGCAGAUGAUAAUGCUAAAUUAGGAAAGGGUCCUUCACGACCUGCUCCCAGGUUUAUUGGCAAUUUGAUAGCAUUUAUCCUUAACUUGAUUGGUCCGAAAGGUCUGGAAUUCGCCCGUUAUUCAUUAGACUACCAUACAAUACGAAACUAUUUGUAUGUAAAUCGAGCUUGGGGAAAAGAAAGAGCUGAUAAACACAUGCCAUCAUAUGCAAAGAAAAUUGUAGAUAUGUACAAUCAGAAUGGAAAAAUUGAUAGAAUGCUAUCCCAAAAAUGAUCAUGAUACAGUGUAUAUGUAUGAGAUGACUAGACCUUCCUGUGUAUGAAUCAAUUUCCUGAAGUUCUAUUCUUUUCUGGAACCACAUAAGGGGAAACCAUUUCUGGACCCUCAAAAUGAUGGUUGUACAUUUUACUAUUUAGCCUCUUUUUACAAACAAUGGUGAAUUGAUGACCACCCAUGAAUGAGUUAUUAACACA